AUGGAUGACGAGGUUGGCCCUCUGGGCCACGAUGUCCAGGUUGUCGACCCUGAUGUGCGUGGCUAUGUGUAUAGCUUGGUCACUGCGCUGGGAGGGUUCAAUGGCGAAAAUGCCGACCAGUAUAUCCUGGGAGACGACGCAUUGGCCUGCUUGCGCGAUAUCAAACGAUGGUUGAAAUUGUACGAUGAGAAAAAUAACCGGAUGGACGUGGCGCGAUGUCUGGGAGAAGCCAACCUGGUGAACGGCGAUCUACUUCCGAUUCUCUCGACUUGGUGGGCCAGUGGUCAGAAAAGCAAACAUAUGACUCGCGUUGCUCUAGCAUGCUUGGAGCUUCUUGUCCCCUUGACCUGGCCGGUGGAAUUCCACAGCCAGAUGACAGUGAACCACCAUCGUCAUACCCCAUACAUUCAACAGGCUCAGGUCCAGUACAAAAGAGGCAUUCUCAAGCAUGAUGGCUCAAAUCUCCUCCGUACCAUCGUUCGAAUUGCCCUUCCGAGCAUGGCCAUUCCCCGAUCCGACCGCGAGACCCGAGACGAAGGAAUCAUCAAAUUGAUGCUCUAUCUCUUGCGAAAUAUGGCCGUUAUAUCCUCCAACGUACGACUUGCGGCUGAAGGAGAUGAGGAGGAGACUUCCAGAUCUUCCACUAUCAAUGCAUUCCAAGGCCAAGAUGCGUUUGCUCUUCUCCUGACCAUGUGCUCCAACAUUGGGGAAGACUUCAACUUGCAAGAUGUCGUUCUUCUCGAGAUUCUGUUUCACCUAGUAAAGGGCGUGAAUGUGGACAAGUUAUUCAUGGACGAGGACCAGAGGAAAGUCAAACGGACCGACGAACUCGGCGAUCUUCUCCGCAAGGAAAACUCGCUUCAGAGAGAAUAUGCAAAAACUGCACCUACACGGCAUGGGAGAUUUGGAACUAUGAUCUGGGUUAAGCGGGAUGAGGCCAAGGUGUCCACAGUCUCAGGACAAGAUACCUUGCGAGACAGUCAGACGACUCUGAACAAAAUGGACCAGAGCAAAAAGUGGAACAAGCCUCGUACUCGUCGUCGACAGGAGGAAGUGGUCCAGAACAACAACUUCAACAUGCCUAUCCAUCUCUCGUCUCUGGCAUCGAAAAACCUGAGAACCUUUGUGGAGGAGUUUUUGGACUCUGGAUUCAACCCUCUAUUUACUCACGUGCGGAAGGCCAUUGAACGCGAAGCGGACCGUGUGAUGGAUAUCAACACCCGACAAUUUUUCUACACAGUUAGUUGGUUCCUCGAAGCGGAGCGGGCACGACGGGUUCGACAGCAAUCCCAGCGCGCCAAAAACGCGAAAACGACCAAAGACAUAGAGCCAGAUAGUUAUGGUCUUGUUGCUGGAGUCCUGAACCAAGAGACAUUUAUCUCUUUGAAUCGAGCUAUGCAGAAUAGUAUGGACAACAAAGAAUGGGAAGAUCUGAAUGCGCAGAUGCGUUGCUUCACCCAGAUCCUGCUGACCGUCCAGGAGAUGGCUGCGUCUCCGUUGGACGAAGACCAAGAAAUCGCCGAGAACAUUCAAAAUCGAAUUUUCUACGAGGAAACCACACAUGACCGCAUCAUUGCCAUUAUGCGUGGUUACAAAGAUCAAGGGUUUGGUUAUCUCGAUGCCUGCACCGAGCUUGUUCACGUCUUUCUGCGGAUGCUGGAACGGUACUCUAAAGAAAACGCUGACAUGCAAGUGCGUUCUCGCCGGAGGGCCAAGCGCAGCAAGAAGAAGGCCGACCAGAUUAGUGAACAAGGUGGUGCCCAAAACGAUGACGAACAGAACUCGGAAGAUGAGGAUAUGGUGGACACUGCGCAGGUCAUCAAGGAGCGCAGCUUUGAUUUCAAGCGCUUUGCAGCAAAGUUCUGCAACCAGAAAUGUGUUGACACCUUUGUCGCUUUCACGGGAUACUACCGAGAGCUCAACUCGGAGCAACUAAAGCGAGCUCAUCGCUACUUCUACCGCAUCGCAUUCAAGCAGGAGAUGACCGUCCUGCUGUUCCGACUGGAUAUCAUAAGUCUUUUCUAUCGCAUGAUUAAAGGCCCAGAAGGAUUAGAUUCGAGCAAGCCGAUUUUCAAAGAAUGGGAGGAAUUAGUCCGACAGAUCAUUCGACGACUCCUCAAGAAAUUGGACCAGCGUCCUGCCUUGAUCACCGAGCUACUAUUCAGCAAGAUUAACUCCACCGUGUUCUACCUUGAAUACGGGCACGAAAGGCAAACCCUGUCUACUGUCAAGCGACCGCCCGCCGAGCUUGAGAUCACCUCUAGGGAGGCUACUACAAAAGAGGCCAGGUUGGGUAUUGUGGUUGGCGCCCUUGUCCUUGAUGGGCGUGCCGAUCUGGUGAAAUGGAUUGGUGAUGUUUUGCGCUCGGCCGCAUCCGAAAGAGAAGACUGGGAAGCGCAAGAUGAAGCCCGUCGCGCGGAAUCAACUGACGCCAUUCACAUCCCUAAUCCGAUGAUUGCUGUGAAGGCCCGUGAUGAAUUCUGCCAGAAUGCCAUGUUUUCGAACGCGAAGCUUCGUUUGCUCAUGGCUCUUGUUGGGUUCGAACGUCUCGGGGUGGAAGAUAUACCUGGCGCGUCUUGGGUUAUUCCGGCAACUAUGACGUCCAAAGAUCUACAUGAAACCAUUUCGGCAAUCCACAAGGCUCUCCAGAACCCUCUGUCUGAAAACAGUGAACUUGAUCCUCGUCAGCACCUUCGACGCAAGGAGACUGGGAGCGCCUGGAACAGAGGGGCCCAGGACACCUUCGACGUCAAUUUCGGAUCUGACUCCGAAGGCGAAGAUAAUGUUCCGGAUGGACCCUUAUUCCCACCAAAUCCACGAUCCAAAUCUAAUGCCCUGGAUGAUCUGAAGAAGAAACGCAAGAAGAAGCAAAGGAAUGACUCGGAGAAGGAGCCUUUAGACGACGGAGCUCUUGAAGCUCGCCGCGAGGCGCGUCUUACGAAUGCGCUGGCUCGCCAGGCGAAGAUCAAGAGCGAUCUGUUUAUCCAUGAUAGCGACGAGGAGACCGACGAAGAAGCUGAUAAAGAGUUCUUCCGUCUCGAAGAAAAACGUGGAAAGGAGCAAGCGGAGCAGGUCAAGAAAGCUUUGCUUACAGCCAGCGUGGAAAAAACAACCGCCAAGGGCAACAAAUCUCUUGCGCGCAAACGCAACAAUGGUGCUGGUACUUCCACCGCGGCAACAAAAAGCAAGCGCCAACGACGCAGUUCUGGCUCCGCCGGGAGUGACGGCGACGGCGACAUCCUCAUGGCCGAACUGGACGCGCAGUCGCCGAACUCCCAGCAUGUUUCCACCAGCCGUGAUGCUCGAGAGGAUGAAGACACUCCUCUCACGUCUGGGGAGGACGACCUUGAUUUCGAUGACGACUUAGCCUUCAGUCGAGACCGGAAGACAAACGCCGACACGACGGCCCCCGGGACUACUGCCGAUGCCGACGAGGAUACCCCCGUGGCUGCGCCUCGACGACGCAUGCGUGGAGGGUUUGUGAUUGAAAGUGACUCGGAAUGA